AUGGGAUUUUCGGAAGCUUUAUGCGAUCUUCGAAACCUUUAUUUUAAUUAUCAAAGCAUAUAUGAAUUUGUCAGCUCAUUACGUGACGUGCGUGUUAAAAUCCCACACGCUGUUCGCCGUGGCGAUAAAGCGGUGCUCAAAUGCCUCUACGAUUUGGAGGGUGAUACUUUGUAUGCCGUCAAGUGGUACAAGGGACGGCGUGAGUUUUAUAGUUUCACACCGAAAGAUAAAUCCGCAAUCAAAGUGUUUCAGUUUCCUGGUGUUAAAGUUGAGCGUUCUGCUUCAAAUGAGAGUCAACUAGUACUGGAAUCGGUAAAUUUAGCGACCACAGGGAAGUACAGUUGUGAAGUUUCAGCGGAUGCGCCCUCUUUUCAUACACUCAUAUCAGCCGGUGAAAUGGAGGUUGUUGUAGUACCGGGAAAGGAUCCAAUUAUAACAGGCUUACGUCCACGUUAUCGAGUCGGAGACAUUGUACGCGGCAAUUGCACUUCUCGUCACUCCAAACCUGCUGCCAAUCUUACAUGGACCGUAAAUGAUCAUGAGACAAAUCCUUCACAUGUACGACGUCAUAAGCCACUUAGAGACUCCCGCGAAUUGGAAACAACUACUUCUAGUAUACAUUUUGUGGUAACACCACAACAUUUCAGCAAUGGCAAGUUAAGGAUACGUUGCACUGCUUAUAUACAUGAUAUAUACUUGAAAACUACUGAAAAGGCAAUAGAAGAGGAACGCCAUCAUCACGGUAAUAGUAAUGAAAUCAGUUUAGUACAUAACUUCUCGGAUGAUUAUUUUGACUUGGAUGAUGACAAUUUUUUGGAUCGGUCUGAUACCUACAUGACACACAUAAAAGGCGAUGCUUCGUCCUUGAAUGCCAAUGGUGCAGGCAAGCAGCUCCACUACGUUCCAAUGUUACCACGCCUGACAAUGCUGGCGUUAGCGUUUUGUGCGUUGGAACAAUUCUUGCAAUUAUAGCAACAAUUGCUCAAGUACUUUGCCAAAACAUCAAGAACUGAAAUAAAAUCUGAUGCAAAGGAUACGGACGCAAUCAAGCGAAGGAGUGAAAACGAUGACAGCGACGGCAACGGCAAUGGCGACGGCGACGGCGACGGUGACGGUGACGACAACAAAAUACAACAGAUAAGUAGGUCAAACAUGGUAGAUGCAACAGUUUCCGAAAUGGUUAAGAGGCAUAAACGGCAUAGAAAUGCAACGAAAAUUUGUUGCGAGAGUGAAAAUGAUUUUGAUAAUAUGAAAAACUUCAGCUCAGUCAUGAAAAUUAAUAAUGCAUUUUGCGGGAAUGAGAUUAAACCAAAAUUAAAUGAAAAUAUUAAAAUCCAUGAUAAAAUAUUUAAUGUACGAGUAUAUAGCCAAAAAUUAUGUGAAGUGUUAUUUAAGUCUAGUUAUGUACUUUGAGUUCUGUAUGCAACUCUGGUGUACACAAAACAUAUAGAUAAGAAAACCUAAUAUAU